AGGUUAUGCUAUGCCUUUGCCUCUAGCCUCCUGCUUGAGCAGAUCAGCAGGAGCAGCUACAUUUCAGUGGCAUCAAGUCAAGCAUCUGGAAAAAUUUCAAGAACGAAGAGGGAUGUAUAUCCCUCCUCGGUUCAAUCCGUUAAGGGAGUUUCUCAAAAUCGCUAUGAUUCAAGACUUAAAAUCAAUCCUUUGUUCAAUCUUUCACCAAUCUGAAUUAACCCAGGCAAAAACAGCUCUGUGCUGUGCUUAGUCUCUCAGUCGUGUCCGAUUCUUUACUGGCUGCCAAUCCUUUCCAGGCAGGACUCUAAGCUCAGACAGCUGGAAACUUUAGGAAACCACAAUUACCUGAAUCCAGCCACUACUCUGAUUCUCCACCUGAGAACAGUCAAGGUGUUGUUUUGAGAAGUCAAAACCCCUGAGCCCUGGGCGGCUCUUUCUUAUUGGCCAGUUCAGUGGCGGGGUCAGAACCCCCCCCUCCGGCCCCUCCUCCCACCCUCUGAGGUAUCAUGAUUCAAUAAGCCUGAGUGGUUCGUCACAGGCUUGUGGUACCCAUUUUACUGCUAAAGAAGCUAAGUCCCAGGUCACGUCGGCUGUCCGAGGUUACACAGGAAACCUGAGAUCUCGACUUGGGUUUCAAUCUAGCCCUCUCCGCUCGGUGUUUCCUGCUCCGCCUUCUCAUCUGUAAUAGAAGUAAGAGAGUAUCUAUGGUAUGAUAUUAUGAGGAUGAGAUGAGACAGUAUGUAUGUAAAGUGCUUUAGUAUAAUUAAUACCUGUUAUACUUGGGUAGAGGUGGGGGCAGUAUUUCCCCUGAGCCUCCUCGCAGGCAGGGGAGAUGCUCCAGUGCCUACCUUUGGAAGAAGAGGAAGGGACAGACUCAGAAGAGAAAGAGGACGGUUCUAUAGAAGAUUCUAAAGAAAUCAUCACCAUGGCUUUUGUGAGAGAGAACACUGGGGCGCAAAGGGGGCUUCAGAGUGCCCAUCAGCAAGGCAAGAAGAAGAGGAAGAAAAAGAGAUGAUUGGUGAUCAAUCUAUCCAGCUGCCGAUAUGAGAGUGUGCGUAGGGCCGCCCAACGGUAUGGCCUUCAAGAGGCAGGAGAAAAUGACGACUGGACUCUCUACUGGACUGACUUCUCAGUAUCUCUGGAACGGGUGAUGGAAAUGAAAAGUUACCAGAAAAUCAAUCACUUCCCAGGGAUGAGUGAAAUCUGCCGCAAGGACUUGCUGGCCAGGAAUAUGAGCCGCAUGUUGAAGAUGUUCCCGAAAGAUUUCCACUUUUUCCCGAGGACCUGGUGUCUUCCUGCUGACUGGGGAGAUUUGCAGAACUACAGCAGGUCAAGAAAAAAUAAGACUUACAUCUGUAAGCCGGAUUCGGGCUGCCAAGGGAAAGGUAUAUUCAUCACCCGAACAGUGAAAGAAAUCAAACCAGGGGAGGAUAUGAUCUGUCAGCUCUAUAUCUCAAAGCCCUUUAUCAUUGACGGGUUCAAGUUCGACUUACGGAUUUAUGUGCUCAUGACAUCCUGUGACCCCCUCAGGAUUUUUGUGUACAAUGAAGGACUGGCACGCUUCGCCACCACCUCUUACUCCCAUCCCUGCACAGACAACCUGAACGAUAUCUGCAUGCACCUGACUAAUUAUUCCAUUAAUAAGCACAGUGCCAAUUUCCUUCAAGAUGCUCACUCUGGCAGCAAGAGGAAGCUCUCCACCUUCAACACGUACAUGGAGAGCCAUGGCUACAACGUGGCGCAGAUCUGGAGAGACAUUGAGGACGUUAUUAUCAAGACAAUCAUCUCGGCCUACCCCAUCAUCAAGCAUAACUACCACACCUGCUUUCCCCACCACACACUCAACAGCGCCUGCUUUGAAAUCCUGGGCUUUGACAUUUUGUUAGACCACAAACUCAAGCCCUGGCUGCUGGAGGUAAACCACUCUCCGAGCUUCUCCACUGACUCCUGGUUGGAUAAAGAGGUAAAGGAUAGUCUGCUGUAUGACACGCUGGUCCUGAUCAACCUGAGAAGCUGUGACAAAAAGAAGGUCUUGGAGGAGGAGAGACAGCGGGGGCAGCUCCUACAGCAGUGUCGUUCUCGGGAGACCAGGAAAGAGGAAGUCAAGGGCUUUCAGGCCGUGCGUGUAGAGAAAACUGAGAAGUAUGAAAAGGAAAACUGUGGAGGGUUCCGCCUGAUUUAUCCCAGUGUGAAUUCGGAGAAGUAUGAGAAGUUUUUCCAGGACAACAACUCCCUCUUCCAGAAUACAGUUACCUCCAGGGCUCGGGAGGUCUAUGCCCGGCAGCUGAUCCAGGAGCUGAGACUGAAACAAGAGAAAAAAUCCUUCCAAAUGAAACAGAAGAGGGUAGACAUGCAGGGGGAAUCGGCAGGCGAGCAGGCAAGAGGCAAGAGCUGGCAGAGCUGGCGACAGAAACAACAGCAGAAAUGCAAGACUACCACCAGCCAGACCUCCAAACAAUAUCUCCAGCCAUUGAUAUCGGUGUCCGGUACACCUGACUUGCUCUCGAGUGUCAGACACACAGAGAAAAAUGAAGCAGAUAGCAGCCUUGACCAGGAGGCCCCCAAAGAGGAGGCUGAUCCAGCACUCUGUAAGCCUUCAUCUUCAAGGCCUUACAGCUCUGUACCUGACCUGAGGAAUUCAAGCCUUCUCAGCUGCUCCAGGCCAGAGCUCAGUAAACCCAUCUCCAAAAUGAAGGAAGCCAAGUCUACCUCUGCAGUGAACACGAUCACCAGCACUGUGCCUCUAACUUCAGUAGAAGCCUUCCCAGAAUCCACCACCCAGGUCUCAGACACCCCUGAAUGUCUGCUGAAUGUGACUAUGACAGCCAGCUCUGAGUGCAGCAGCCCAAAGAUGGACAGGGUGGCCUCUGAAUGCAAGCCACAGCAGGUGCCUUGGUACCUCAUCCCAGAAAAAGUAUCAAACGGUUUUCUGCCUACAAAAUCCCAGAGCUUCUCGUGGAGUCCGAACCCAAGCUGGACUUUGCUAAAGAAUGGCCUGAAGAAGCAGCAUCCCAUGUCAGAGCUGUUCACCAAGGUUCAACUGAGAGAGAAGCUGUCUUUGUUCCCAGCUCACUACAACCCAAAGCUGGUGCUGAGUGACCAGUCACAAAACCCCUCCCUGCUCCGGGAGUCCUACUUUCGCAGCCGAAGCUCUGGUGAGAAAAGGCAGCUGGAUGUGCCCUCCUUCUUCUUCUUACAGAAUUCUCACAGCCAUGAUGUUUCCCUGAAAGACCUGCUGGUAGUUGCCACUCCAGCCCGACUGGACCCAAGGCCUGGCAGAAGCCAUACAGGUGCUUUGAAAGACCUGUGUAUGCAGGAUCAGGAAGCAUACAGUCACUACCUGAUCUCUGGCCAAAGAGGAUGUGAGAGGAACUAGAGUCAGACUGGAUUUCUGCCAUUUCUUCCUCUUUCUCCCAGGAAAUGAUUUGUCUCUUCCUACAGUGUCUACGAUACCUGCAGAAGCAACUGAAAGUUUUAUUUCCUCAUCUAGAGAGCCUGGUCUUAUGACUACCUCCCUUUAGCACUACAGAAGCUAACAGCCUUGCCUUUUGUCCCACCCCCUCAGUUAGCUUACAGUACUGGAGGACCACAACUUCUGGGAGUUAUGGGUGCUGCCCCAGGACACGUCCUAGCUGCCCCACCAGUGGCGUUCUUAUGGGUCCCUCACACAGCACUGCCAUCCAGGACACUCCCAAGGAUAGAGCAACAUGAAGGGAGGAGUGUUGCAAGGAAGGACUCCCCAUUUCCAGAAGUCCAGAGCCCUCAGGGCACCACCAGGUCAGUGUCAGUGGUCUUCAACUCCAGAGAGAAAAGACAAAGAGCUAGGCUUGAUGGAGAACUCUGAGCCCCGAGUAAGGGAAUCAGGACAGCUGUAGCUUCAUCAGGUAAAGACCAGACCUCCUCCUACACCAGCAGCUCUGUGCCCAAGUAUCUUCCAGCUGCCUUCCCUACCAUCCGAACUCAGAUUGCCUUUUCUGAUGCCACAAUCACUGUUCGGCUGCCAUAGGUCAUAGUCUGGCCCAGAGAAAAUGUGUAAGACUUGCUGAAAUGGGACUUCCUAGAAGCUCUGUAUCUUUCCCUUUUUGUCCCUAGUCACCAACCCCAGCCAAUCAAGGUUCCUGAGUUGAUAAAAUGGAAGUCUCUUAAGGUGAAGCCAGAAUUAUUUGUCUUCCUAAGGGACAAUUUGGUGCCAGCACUUUUGAACCUAACGACGGGGUCACCUUCAGGGUCGUGCAGUCUAUGCAGUCGCACAGGGCUCCACGCUAGGAAGGCCUUGCAUCUGGUUUAAUGCUGUUACCAUCUUGAAAUUCUGAAUAAUUUGUGAACAAGGAGUCUUGUAUUUUCAUUUUUGCACUGGGCCCACCAAAUUAGGUAGCCGAUCCUGCCUAGAGGCUGUGAUGGCUCUGGGUUGUCCAAAGGCAAAAUAUUAUUAAGAGUGGGGUGCUUUCCUAGCCCCACCUGCCUCCUGCUUGUUCAGCCAUGGGGCUAUGCAGAGCAAUUGUCUGCUGAAUGCUUACGGGGGACAAAAAUGCUCGUGGCAGUCCUUGCCCCCAUGGAGUGUGCGGUGGGGUAAGACGGGUCCCCAGAUAACUAGUCGGAUUUCAGUUCCACUAAAGAAGAGCAUCGGUGGAUGAGAAGGAAAUGCCCUCACACCCAGUUGUGAAGAUUAAGUCUGCUUCAUUAGAAGAGGUGAUAUUUGAGGUGACGGAAAAAGAUAAAUGGAUUUUUUAAUUAAAAAUUUUAAUG